AAAGCUAAUAAUAAAAUGGUUCGAAAUAUUCUCAGAAGCAGGAGAACAGAAAUCCUACUUGAUAACUUUAUUGACGAAGACUUCCAAAACAUGCUUCUUCCUCUGAACAUAAUGCAAACCGUUUAUUUCAACCGAAAAUUUAGAAUAAUCAAUAAUUUCAUUACGUCAAACCAAACGGUGCAAAAGACGACAUCGGUUAUUGGCGGCAUUAUAUGUACCGUAAUGUUUAUUGUUCGUUUCUACUUCAGAUAUAAAGUGGACAUGAGUUUUAUUUUUAAUUUUUUCAAUUUAUUUUUCAACGUCAUCGGUUUUAGUAUCAACUGUGUUUGCGCCAUUGUGCAUUGUAAUUCUAACGUUGAAUUAAUUCUUAUAUUGUACAAAAUUUACACUCUUCAAACAAACAAAAUUAAAUUGAGAAAUUUCAAGAUUUGGAAUUGGAUUUACUGUGUGUAUUUGUUGAUUUCCUACAUAUUUGUUGCGAGUUUAUUUUUCUUUCUUAAUGUGAAUAUUUAUAUUUGUUUACUUAACUGUCUAUGCUCUUUUAUUGCGUUUUGUCAUGAUUUUAAUAUGGUGUACGCUAUACGUUUGCUUGAGCUGCUCUCGUUGGAACUAGAAAUAUGGACAAAAGAACUGACAAUAGAGACGGUAAAGACAGCUAAUGAAAGCAAUGAGAAUGAACAUUGUAGUAGAAUGUUCGAAAUUUAUAUCAAUAUACAGGAAGCAAUAAUGAUUCACAAUAGAAUUUAUCAAACACAAGUACGUAUAAUAAUGUUUGCAAGUAUGUUUACACUUAUCUAUACUAAUAAUAUAAAGCUGAAGAGACAUUUAUAG